ACGAAGCUCAGUCAAAUCACGAACCGCUCGAGUCACGUCACGCCGGUAGUGAGUAGGAAGUUUGUUAUUACUUGGUAAGGUGGAUAUGUUAAGAUGAAUAUCAUCGCACGUGUUUUUAUGAUAGUUGUCAAUACCAGAACAAAAUGAGUGGUCGAAUCCCACUUGAAGAAGAAAGCAUCCAUCUUCUGCACCAAGAUGAUGGUUAUUCAGAAUAUGGCUCUGGUAAUAAUGUGAUCAGAAGAACUUCCACCAGGCGUCGUAGCACAGUCCCAGGGCUUAGUGAUGUAGACUACAUGAGACGAUCUAGAUAUCGUCAGUUUUAUACAGAGGCAAGGUCAAAUGACACUGGACAACUUUACCAAGGUGAUGGAGGCAGGUACCAGGACAGAGGCUCUGUGAAGGAGAGUAUCAACUUCCACCUCCAUUUCCUCCAGAGCUGUAGAGAACAACCCUGGCCCAUGAGGCAGAAAAUACAGGCUGCUGAACAGGCCCGUGAGUUCUUAAGACUACAAACUGGAAGAUUGGAUACUAUAGACAGUUUCCAACACAGACAGCUACAGGCUGUAAGAGAAACUAGCAGAAAGGCUAAUGAUACUAUAUUCAGUCUCUCUAUUUGGAAAGGAAAAAUCAAGAAAAUAGAAGCCUACUUUGGAACUGGUGUGUCGUCCUAUUUUGUUUUUUUGAGAACUUUGCUUUGGCUGAACCUGGUGAUGGGAGUGUUGGUUUUCUGUUUUAUAUCUCUGCCCCAGGUUCUCAUUGGAGAUGGCACUGUUCUGAAUGCGACAUUUGAAUACCAUCUUCUUCUAUGGUUUCUAUGACAGCAGUCGCUAUGUUGGCAGUGCAGACUACAUGCUUCCUCUGGCCUAUUUCAUGACCAACCUGGUUGUUAUUUUGUACUGUGUCAUAUCCAUUGUGAUGAGGAUGUCAGUGAAAUACAAGAAGACUAAGAAGACUGGGACCACAGAAGAUUAUCCUUUCUCCUGGAGGUUAUUCUGUUCCUGGGACCACUCUGUCACCACCAGGGAAGGGGUGAAGGAAAAGAUCUCUGCCAUCAGAACAGACUUCAAGGUAGGUGACACAUCUUCAAGCACCUCUCCUGUAGAUGUCACCACUGGCAAUGACAGUCUCUGUUGCUGGGAGACAGUAGUUGGAGAGGAGAUUUUCAAGGUGGUGUUACUGGAUAUUGCAGCCAGUAUUCUGGCAGUUUUAGGGACUGAUGCUCUCAGAGCUUGCCUGGUCAAAUGUCUUGGUCUUACCCAGAAGCUUGGUUAUGGAGAAUUCAGCAUAGCAACCAGCGUUCUGGAGCUCAUCUAUGGUCAGGGACUUAUUUGGCUGGGUUUGUACUUCUCUCCACUCCUUCCUCUCAUAGCCGUGGUCAAACUGGUCAUCUUGUUCUAUUACCGCUACUACAUGGCUAAACUGACCAAUGUCCCUCCACAGAAGAUGUUCCGGGCGUCCAGAUCUGGAAAUUUUUACCUGGCUCUGUUGUUGACAACAUUGUUAUUGUGUUUGAUACCUGUGGCCCUGGCUGUUAUAGUAAUCCCUCCAUCCAGAGACUGUGGUCCAUUCAGGGCCCUGGACCAUGUGUAUGAUGUACUGUUACAAGAGAUAGGGGUGUUACCCACCUGGCUGCAAGACACCAUCAACAUCAUCCUCAGUCCUGCUGUGUUUGUCCCUGUGAUUAUCAUCCUGAUACUAGUUAUCCUGUAUUACCGUGCACAGGCGUCCUCUUACAGAGAUGUCAUAGCAGACUUGAGAAUGCAGCUCCAUUUUGAGCGGAGUGAAGGAAAACGGAAAGUAUUUGCUGCUGCUGCAAAAAGAGGCCAGAUAAAGAAGGAAGAAAAACCUGUUGAUAACAGUGCACUGGUGGAGCUGCCUGAAGAACCUUGAGGAAAGAAUGAAUAAUUUUAUAUUUUAUUGAAAUUAUAUACAUGGCAGCUUUUCUUGACAUCACUUGUAACUUUAAUGUCAUAAGUGACAGAUGUUUUAAAAAGGGUAAAUUUUAGGUGUCAUGAAGACACCUUGUUUGUGCAAAAAAUGAUCAAAUUCCAAAAAACUUAUUUGAGCUUAUGGUUAAUUUUUAUUAUAAAAUGUACUGUUAUAGAAAAGCAAAAGGUAUUGGGUUAUACUUAUUUUCACGGAUUUAAAACUCAAGCUCAAUCUAACUUUUUAUUUGCUUAAGCUACCUCUGACGAAUAUCAAAUUUUUUUUUUUCAUUUUUGUCAUCCAGAAUAUUUAAAAUGUCUCAAGAUAUCAGGUAAAAUUUCUGCUGUUAUGAACUUAGCAGUGAGGCAAUAACAACAUUUAUAUAUAAUGGCAAAUACACACUUUAUUUCUCUAUAUGUGCAUGAAACAUUUCUCCCGUAACAGGGUGUAACAAAUAUUGUGACACUUCUAAUAGAAAGCCUACAGGGUUCUCCAAAACAUUGUGACCAUAAAAAAUCUACAGCAAAGAACAAAAUGGAAAAUUUGCUGCACACAGCAAUUGAUAAUCUUUGUUUUUAUAUCUUGUCAAGUAAAUGAAUUCAACAAUCCUGGAUAAAUUGAGCUCAAAUUAUAAUUAAGAAUAAUAUUCCAAUACAGAAAAAAUAUUUGAUUCCCUCAUCGAUUGAUGUUUUACCCUAGAAAAGAGACCAACUGGCAAUAAAUUAUCUUAUACUGAA